AUGAAGCGAAAAUUGGAUGCCAAUGAUGCCCCAACAGUCGAGGUCCCUCGAGAUUCUGCGGAAGACGAGGUAUCAUUCGACUCGUUCGGCCUCGACCCUCGCCUCGUGCAGGCCAUUGCAAAAUCAGACUUCUCCAACCCUACGCCCGUGCAGGCAAAGGCCAUUCCCCUAGCACUCGAGGGUAAAGACGUACUUGCCAAAUCCAAGACAGGUUCUGGAAAAACCGCCGCCUACGUCCUCCCGACCCUGCAAGCGAUCCUGCGCCGAAAAUCCUCCUCCCUCAACACCAAGGUCACCUCUGCCCUUGUUCUCGUGCCCACGAGAGAAUUGGCGGAUCAAGUCUGCAGAGCCUUCAAUGCCUUUGCGGCGUUCUGCUCGAAAGAUGUGCAGACAUUGAAUUUGACACAAAGGGUGUCGGACACGGUCAUGAAUGCCGUGCUACAAGAUUUCCCCGAUGUUAUUGUGACCACUCCUGGAAGAGCAACUCAAUACCUCACCUCGGGCACGCUGUCCCUCGAAAAUAUCCAGCAACUUGUCAUCGACGAAGCUGAUAUCGUGCUCUCCUACGGCUAUGAAGACGAUAUCAACGCAAUCGCUACGGCCCUCCCCCGCGGUGUGCAGACAUUCCUGGUCAGCGCCACCCUCACGCCCGAGGUCGAAGAGUUGAAGAGCAUAUUCUGUCGCGAUGCGGUUCUGGUCAGGAUCGAUGAGAAGGAAGAGAAGGGCGAGGGAGUGACCCAGUAUGUGGUGAAGUGCGGAGAGGACGAGAAGUUCUUGCUCAUUUACGUUCUGUUUAAAUUGCGCCUCGUGAAGGGAAAGUGCCUAGUGUUCGUGGCCGACGUUGACAGGAGUUAUCGGCUCAAGCUCUAUCUGGAGCAGUUCGGGAUCAAGUCAUGUGUGCUGAACGCCGAAUUGCCGGUCAACUCUCGGUUGCACGUGGUUCAGGAGUUCAACAAAGGGCUCUACGACAUCCUUAUCGCAGCAGACGAUCAAGAGGUGCUUGGCGGCGUUAUGAAGAGGCGCAAGACCGAGGGGCAGGUCGCAGAAGAUCCAGCCAAUGAGAUGAGUGAGGAGGAUGAGGAGGAAGUACCACGACCGGCCAAGAAAGCCAGACAGUCCAAGAAACAUGAAAAGGACUAUGGAGUUUCAAGGGGCAUUGACUUUCAGAACGUUGCCUGCGUGAUCAACUUCGACCUCCCUCCGACAUCCAAGUCCUACACACACCGUAUUGGCCGCACAGCGCGAGCGGGCAAAGCAGGAAUGGCCCUGUCCUUUGUGGUGCCCAAGGACAAGUUUGGCAAACACCGGGCGACCAGCAUUCCUUCGGCGAAGAAUGACGAACGUGUUCUGGAGAAGAUCAUCGCCCGACAGACCAAGAAGGGCAACGAAGUGAAGCCUUAUCAUUUCGACAUGGCACAGGUGGACGCGUUUCGGUAUCGCAUGAACGACGCCCUGCGUGCCGUGACCGGAGCUGCGGUACACGAGGCCCGUGCUAAGGAGAUCAAACAAGAGCUGAUCAAAUCGGAGAAACUGCGCCGGCAUUUCGAGGAGAACCCGGAAGACCUGCGACACCUGCGACAUGACGGGGAACACGGUGCGAUUGUCAGACAUCAGGGACACUUGAAACACGUCCCAGAAUAUUUGAUGCCGGCAGCAGGGCGAAAGGGUCUGAGUGCUGACGAAGUCGGGUUUGUCGGGUUGAGAGGUGACAAUAAGCGGAAAGACAACAAGAAGCGAGGAGGGCGCAAGGCGCGAUUCGGCGGCAGAGCCAAGGGCAAGGUUGACCCAUUGAAGUCCUUUAGCGCGAGGAAGAAGCGUUGA